AUGGAGAACAAGGAGGCUGAGACACUCGAAGCACUUUUCUCUGUGUUUCAUAAUGGCGCUGCUGCAACCAAAGCUGCACCUGCAGCAAAUGCGACGAAGGCAGCAGCAGCAGCAGCAGCAACAACAACGGCAGCAGCGCCGAAGACAGAUCCUGCUGCUGCUGCUGCUGCAGUAGAGGAUAGUAAAGAAAAGGGCAGCAGCAAGAGGUCUAGGGUUUCUUCUCCACAGCAGCAAACGAAGAGGAAGCGUCGCGGCGCCCCUGCAGCAAAAGAUCAGCCAAAGACUGAGGCAGCAGCAGCAGCUGAUUUAGCAGCAGGAGAAGCAGCAGCAACCGCCGCAGAUGAAGAAGCCGCGUCAGCAGCAGCAGCAAGAACAGCAGCAACAGCAGCAGCAGCAAAAGAUAAAGCCUUCGGCGAUGCCUUUGCUACAGCUGGUUUAGUCAGCCGUGUGCUGCUCUCAGACAAAAAUUGCUUGCAUGAAGUAGUUUAUCCAGAGGGGUUCCCAACAAAGUUUAAAGACUUCCCCUUACAAACUACAAUCUCAUCUGCUGCUGCUGCUGCUGCUGCAGCUGCUGCUGCAAGGGAUGAGGCGGAAGCCCCCGGUGCCGCAGCAGCAUCAUCGCAGCCUGUUAAGACUGAACCAGAGGCUGCAGCAGCAGCAGCAGCAGCGGAUAAGUCUGCUGCAUCUGAUGCGACAUCAACUGCAGCAUCUGAUUCUGCAUCUGCAGCAGCAGCAGCAGCAGCAGAUCCCUCAGAAGGAGCAGAUUCCGCAACAACAGCAGCAUCAAAAGCAGCAGCAGGAGACAGCAGCAGCAGCAGCAUGCCUCGAGCAGCAGCACGUCAAUGGAAGUUCGUUCUAGAUACAUUUCAGCAGCGGAGUGUAUUAUGUUUAGAAGCAGGAGAGAAUGUUUUAGUUGCUGCACAUACAUCAGCAGGCAAGACAGUUGUUGCUGAAUAUGCGAUUGCAAUGGCGCUCAGAGACAAACAAAGAGUCGUCUAUACAAGCCCCAUCAAGGCUCUUUCAAAUCAGAAGUACCGAGAUUUGUGUGAAAUAUUUGGAACAGAGAGUGUGGGGUUGUUGACUGGGGAUGUGUCUGUACACCCCGAGGCCUCUAUUGUUGUAAUGACAACAGAAAUUCUGCGGAGUGCGUUGGGUUGUCUAAGACAUUACACCCCAGUUAUUGUAUUUUGCUUCUCAAAAAAAGAAUGUGAAGCAAACGCACAAGCGCUCAUUGGUAGAGGAGACAGCAGCAGCAGCAGCAGCAGCAGCAGCAGCAGCAGCAGCAACGGCAAUGGUAAUGGGGUUACCCUCACCAGCGAAGAAGAAAGAAAACUCAUUGCAGAAAUAUUCAAUAAUGCUGUUAGUACACUCGAUGAAGAAGACAGACAGCUGCCACAGAUCAAGUCGAUUCUACCGUUGUUGCUGAGGGGUAUAGGCAUUCAUCACGGAGGUUUGCUGCCAUUCGUGCGGGAGCUUAUUGAGAUCCUCUUCCAGGAAUCUCUGAUACGAGUAUUAUUUAGCACAGAGACAUUUAGCAUGGGUGUAAACAUGCCUGCAAAGACAGUCGUUUUUACUGCGAUUCGCAAGUGGGACGGAGAAGCUUAUCGUCUAAUUAAUGGCGGAGAGUAUAUUCAAAUGGCCGGCAGAGCAGGAAGAAGAGGCCUUGAUGAUAGAGGUAUUGCAAUAAUAAUGUUUGAUGAGCAAGUAGACCCUGAAGAAGCAAAAGGUUUAUUCAUGGGUGGUGCUGCUCCUCUUCUCUCUACGUUUCACUUGGGUUUUAAUAUGCUGCUAAACUUAUUUAGAAUUGAAGAUGCAGAUCCCGUCUAUAUGAUCUCAAGGAGCUUCGCUAAUUUCCAGCAGCACGGGCGUUCUCUCAAGCUGCAGCAAGAGCUGCAGGAGCUGCAGGAGCAGCUGCAUGCAGCAAAAGACAUUCGAUCUCUAGUGACGUUGCCUGAAGGCGAGAAGGAACCAGACUUCGAUGUGGAAGAGGCUAUUAGCAGCUUCUAUGGAAGGAAGCACGAGCUGCUGCAGCAAGGGCGUCUGCUGCGCUCUAUAGCAAUGCAGCCGCAGCACUUAGCAAGAUUUCUACAGCCAGGGCGUUUGCUUUGUCUAGUUGAAGACGAUGGUACUGAGUGGGGCUGGGCCACUUGCGUUCGAAAGGUCCUUAAACCCUAA